UUCGAGAGGCGUCACCAUGUGGAGUCCUACAGCCAAGUGAUGGACAGGUAUGAAGGUGUCCUCAACAGACGGUCCCUGAGGUGGUCCAAACUCCUUCAAGAGAAACCGCAUGUCAAGAAGGACUGGACAGUAAAGAGAUUUGUGCGUAAAGGCGUACCCAGCGAGCUCCGUGCCAAAGUGUGGAUGACAACCAGUGGCGCCCAGGAGCGACUGGACAGCAAGCCUGGCUACUACCGCUCUCUGCUGGACAUGCAGCAUGACCCCAGGCUGACAGAGACCAUCCACUUAGACGUCCACAGGACCUUCCCUGACAAUGUCUUCUUCCAAAGUCAAGCAGAGCCUGGCCUGCUGAAGGCACUGUAUAAUGUGCUGCUGGCCUAUGGACACCAUAAUACGCAUGUGGGGUAUUGUCAGGGGAUGAACUUUAUUGCAGGCUACAUCAUUAUAAUCACCAAGGAGGAGGAAAAAGCUUUCUGGCUGAUGGAUGCAUUGCUGGGAAAAAUACUUCCAGACUACUACAGUCCGGCCAUGCUGGGCCUGAGGACGGACCAGGAGGUUCUUAAGGAGCUGGUGAAGACCAAAGCUCCAGCUGUGGGCCAGCUCAUGGACCAGUAUCCUGGCAUAUGGAGUGUGGUGGUGUCACGUUGGUUCAUCUGUCUUUACGUCGACAUUCUGCCCAUCGAGACCGUCCUACGGAUCUGGGACUGUCUCUUCUACGAAGGUUCCAAAGUGCUUUUCCGGGUGGCACUGACUCUGAUCCGACACCACCAGCCGGAAAUCCUGCGAGCUCGCUCUUUGCAGGAUGUGUGCCAGUGUUUCAAACAGAUCACCUGUGGAGUUUUCACGCUGGACUGCCAUACUUUCAUGCAGAAAAUCUUUGCCGAACCCGGAAGUCUGUCUAUGGCAACUAUUGAUAAACUGAGAGACAAAUGUCGGCAAGGGAUACAGGAAGACGAAUCAAGACGGCUCUAAAGUUUCCCCGAAGUGACAUAAAUUACUGGUACCGGUAAUCAUAUAGACACUAUUUAUACACAAGGAGACUGAGGGCAGCAAGAAAACCGCACACUGCAGCAGAGACUAGAACACAUUUUGCUUCUAAAUCUGUUUCAUUUUAUUCAAAAGGAGAGUGAGGGCAGCAAGAAAACAUUAAGUCCAGCAAUAUCACUAAGUUUGUCAUGUUUAGCUCGAUAUAAUUCGACGACAGCAAAGUGGAGACUGUGGGACAUGCACUUUUAUAUUUCUAUGUUUAUCAUUAUAUUUAUGUGUCUUAUCUAAAAGGAGAGACUAAGACUAAGGACAUUUCUAUACAUGUCUUAUCUAAAAGGAAGGACAUCAAGAAAACGGGCCACUUUUCGCAAGCUGUGACUCAAAUUUAACUGUAGUAAGAAAACGGCACUGCCGCAGCCAA